AUGUCGAACUAUGCGAAAUUCAUGAAAGACCUUCUGUCAAAAAAACGCAAGCUGAAGGAGUACAAAACAGUGGCCCUAACUGAGGAAUGCAAUGCAAUCAUCCAGAAGAAACUCCCUCCCAAGCUGAAAGAUCCAGGCAGCUUCAGUAUCCCUAUAGCCAUAGGAAAUAUUGAAGUAGGAAAAGCACUAUGCGAUCUGGGAGCAAGUAUAAACCUGAUGCCGCUAUCCAUGUGCAAAGCUCUUGAAAUCAAAGAGCUCAAGCCGACUACGGUUUCUCUCCAGUUAGCUGACAGAUCAAUCAGACGACCAGAUGGGGUAAUUGAGGAUGUUUUAGUUAAAAUUGACAAAUUUAUCUUCCCUGUAGAUUUUGUGGUUCCGAAUAUGGAAGAAGAUGCCGAAAUUCCCCUAUUGCUUGGAAGGCCAUUCUUAGCCACUGCAAGAGCAAUGAUCGAUGUGGAGCAAUGGAAAUUGAUGCUGAGGAUGAACGAAGAAACAGUCACCAUCAAUGUCUUCGAAUCAAUGAAACAUCCAUCAGACGGAGGAGACUUUUUUAUGAUUGACAUAAUACAAGAAGCAGUUGAUGACACGAUAAAAGAGGAGAGUUCCCCACUCGAGUUAAAGCAAAUCAACGAAGAAGCUGAACUUGAAAAAUAA